AUGGGGGAAGCGCCUUCAACCACCACCUCCGGUUCCGUCGCCGGCAGCGCCACAAGUUUGCCGUUUGCCGUCCAUGUAAUCCGCGGCCGCUGGUUCUCACUUUUCGCUUCUUUCUUAGUCAUGACCGGAGCCGGAGCGACUUACCUCUUUGGCGUCUACUCCAAAGACAUCAAAUCCUCCCUUGGUUACGAUCAAACCACCCUCAACCUCCUAGGCUUCUUCAAAGACCUUGGUGCCAACGUCGGUGUUCUCUCCGGCCUAAUUGCGGAGGUCACUCCGACAUGGUUCGUGCUCUUACUCGGCUCUGCGUUGAAUUUUGGCGGUUACUUCAUGAUAUGGUUGGCUGUCACAAACAGAAUUGCGAAACCUAAAGUAUGGCAGAUGUGUUUAUACAUUUGCAUCGGAGCGAAUUCACAGAACUUUGCGAACACCGGAGCGUUGGUGACAACCGUCUGUAAUUUUCCGGAAAGCAGGGGAGUUGUUCUGGGAUUGUUGAAAGGUUUCACAGGAUUAAGUGGAGCCAUCAUGACUCAAAUCUACUUGGCUAUUUAUGGGAACGAUUCGAAAUCGUUAAUCCUGCUAAUUGCCUGGCUCCCGGCGGCGAUUUCUGUGGUGUUUGUAUAUACGAUCCGAGCGAUGACCCUGGUGAGACAACCGAAUGAGCUCCGAAUCUUCUACCGUUUCUUAUGCGUCUCGAUUUUUCUAGCAUUGUUCAUAAUGGGGAUGACGAUUGCUCAGAAUAUUGUGACGUUUUCACGAAGGGCUUACGCUGGUAGUGCUUCUGUGGUAAUUUUCGUACUCUUUGUCCCCCUUUUUAUGGCCAUUAAAGAGGAAUUAAACCUCUGGGUGAGAAACAAACACCAACCAGUUAUCGUUCCCGACGUUAAGAUUGAGAAUAUGAAUCAGAAUCAUGAACAUCAAUCCACAAAUCCCACAUCAUUGGAACUGGAUAAUCCAAAUUCAAAACCAAUAGCGAAAACAUCUUGUUUUGCUAAUGUGUUCUUGAAUAAGCCUGAAAGAGGAGAAGAUUACAGUAUUCUUCAAGCACUUUUAAGCACAGACAUGUUAAUUCUGUUUGUUGCAACUUUUUGUGGGCUUGGAACAAGUUUAACUGCGGUAGACAAUUUAGGUCAAAUCGGCGAAUCUUUAGGUUACCCCACAAAGACGAUAAAAUCAUUCGUUUCCCUUUUAAGUAUCUGGAAUUACUUUGGGCGGAUCUUCGCCGGAUUCGUAUCUGAAAUCCUCCUGGUGAAAUACAAAUUCCCAAGAACACUAAUGUUCACACUUGUACUCUUCCUCUCCUGCGCCGGCCUCCUCCUGAUUGCUUUUCCGAUUCCGGGAUCUGUCUACGUCGCUUCCAUCAUCAUCGGAUUCUCAUUUGGGGCACAACUACCCUUAAUAUUUGCCAUCAUUUCAGAGCUUUUCGGAUUGAAAUACUACUCGACAUUGUUCAAUUGCGGGCAAUUGGGAAGCCCAUUGGGAUCUUACAUCUUGAAUGUUAGGGUUACAGGGCCAUUGUAUGAUCGAGAAGCAUUGAAGGGGCUUGCGAAGAAAGGGUUAGAUAGGUCAGCAGUUAAAGAGUUGGUUUGCAUGGGCAACCAUUGUUACAGGUCGUCUUUUAUCAUAUUGGCUUGCGUUUGUUGCUUUGGUGGUUUAUCUUCGUUGAUUUUGGUGAUAAGAACUCGAAAGUUCUACAAUGGAGAUAUUUACAAGAAGUUUAGAGACGAAGCUCAGAUCAUUGCCACAUAA